AUGGUCAUUUCAGACGAUAUGUCAACCUCUAUUUCGGACCGCCGCCCUUCUGCCUUCCCAAGAUUAGACACCCUCACCGCAGAAGCACACUCACAGAGACAGCAAUCUGUGUAUCAAUGUCGAAAGUAUAGCUAUACCGCCAACAUCAAAGGGCAACCUCGCGGGAAGACGGGAAUCUUGCAAGGGUAUUCUCGUUUCAUUGCCGCUCUGACGGGCGAGGAGGAGGUGUGCUUUCAAUUCGCCCUCCGUAACGACUAUGCAGCUGCCUCUUCCAGCCACGAAGUGUUUGCGGCUGAAGUGUUAAAAGAUGGCGUUGAGAUUACCUCACAGCCGGAUGGUGGUGAAGCAUUCGACUUCGGCUUGGAGCUUUUGGCAGAUCUCGAUGACUUUGACUUCAUCGAUUCCCUUUCCCUCGAAUGCCCAUUCGUCGUUCAGUAUCAUGUAGCACAGUUGACUGCAAUCAUGCACUACGAUGCUCGAAUUAUGGAUGCUACUUUUGCGGACGCUGUCUUCGCUGUCCUGAUCAAGGAGAUUUCGCGGACCAACGAUGAUGACCAAAGUGUCCCAGAAGAACAGCUCUCUGUAAUCAACCACCCACCAGGACUACGUCCAACGCAGCCGGAACGACCAAGAUCACUUCAUGCCGGUUUCCAAAGAGCUGCAGCGCAAUAUCCCUCACGCUACGCAUUGCACUUCCAGUCCACAGAUACAUCCCGUUGUAUAUUCACCUACGGGGAGUUGGACUCACUGUCCUCUGCACUUGCCGUCAAGCUCACAAACUAUAUCAGCACGUGGAGCAGCCAACCCGUUGUACCGGCCUUCAUGGCCAGUUCCCCUGCUUUCUACGUUUCUUGGCUGGCAGUGUUKAAAGCAGGCUUUACAUUCUGCCCGCUUCCAAUGGACGCCCCUUCGCAGCAGCUGAGGGAUAUCGUGGAAGAACUUGGCGCUUCAUUUGUUCUGACAAACGGCACUCUCCUUGGUGGCUGUCCUUGGGAUGCAUGGUACUGUGACGACGACGAGCUUGCUACUUGCAUCGAUGUGGCAGAGUUCAUCAAAAACCACAAGCCACAUGAUGGCCUCGAUGUGUCACUCCCGACAGUCUCGGAAAAGGACGUGGCUUAUAUAAUGUACACCAGUGGAUCUACUGGCCGACCUAAAGGAGUCAUCAUCCAGCACCUAGCAGCAGCUGCCUCGAUUGCAUCACAUUCCAAAUUCAUAUCCCCAGCGAWGGUCAAAGACGGUUUCCGAUGGUUCCAGUUUGCUGCGCCAACAUUCGAUCCAUCGAUUAUGGAGAUCUUUACUACAUGGUGGAAUGGAGGCACGCUCUGCGGCGCUCCUCGAGAGAUGCUAUUAACCGAUCCGGAAGCCGUUAUCAACAAAACUUCUGCCACAAUAAUGAUGGCAACACCAAGCAUGGCUAGUGUUCUGCGGCCAGAGAAGCUUCACGUUCGGCAAAUGUGGGUCAUGGGCGAGAAGCUUACGCCCAGAGUGAUMUCAAACUUUGCCUCGGAUUCUCCCCUACAUGCCUGUCCCGAAACUCAUACGCCCAGUCUACAAAGGCCCUACUUGCUCAGGAAUUUCUACGGUCCAACAGAAGCUACAAUGACCUGCACCGUCGUCCCGGACUUCUCGGUGAAUGAGAGGGGAUCUAUCAUUGGCCGUUCGCUUGACACUUGCUCGAUCUUCGUCAUCGAUCCAAACAGUCGCCAGCCUUCAGUCGUCCCCCUUGGCUUCUCAGGUGAGCUGGCUGUGGGCGGGCCUCAAGUUAGUCAGGGCUAUCUCAACCGCAUCGACCAAACUGCUGCAGCGUUUGUGUCCAGCUCAAAGUAUGGACGACUUUACCGUACCGGGGAUCGGGCUCGAAUUGUAAGAUCGAGAAAUGGUGAGCUUUUCGUGGAGUUUCUUGGCAGAAUCACGACAGACCAAGUCAAACUCAGCGGUAGACGAGUAGAACUCGGACACAUUGAAGCCGUCAUUUCUGGUGUUGCUGGAGUCUCUGAUGUCGUGGCCAUCGUUCAUCAAGAUGGGGUGGCUGGACAAGGCAGUGAACAUGUCGUUGCUUGCAUUAUUGCRGACCACACUAUCGGAGAAGGCCAUGUACGGAUUGACUGUGAAGCUGCCGCUGAGAAAGGUCUUCCGCAGUACAUGCGGCCUGCCAAGUACCUAUUCCUGGAUGAGAUGCCUCGAUCUCGAGCCGGGAAAACUGAUCGCAAGGCACUCGCCUCCAUGGUACGAGAAAUGAUACCAUUAUCUCAAUCUGAGGACGUGCAAGACCCAGGUGAGGCCGGAGUGGAUGACCAGACCAGACCACUGUUCAACACAAUCAAGGAAGCYCUCUAUGCUGUCUGUAAUGUGAGCGUAGGCUCCAUUGCUCCGCAUACAGACCUUCUGUCUCUUGGACUAGAUAGUCUUCGAGCAGUACGCUUCUUGCAGGAGAUUCGAGAUCGAGGCAUCACAAGCCUGACGGUGAACGAUGUACUCAAGAUAAGGACUCCUAUCGGMCUUGCAAACCACUGCCUAGCCAGCGGGCAAUCAACCAUCGAUCCAUCAAGAUCGGAGCGGACUGUCGACCUAAACUCACGAAUUGCUCUUUUCGACACGAAGCACCGCACAGUAUGCGCAAGCCAGCUUGGAAUAUCCCCGAGUGAAAUUGAGCAGAUUUUGCCAACAACUGCAACACAAUCAGGCACGCUUGCAAGCUUUCUCCGAAGUUUGUCGUCUGAUCGGAAAAGUUACAUCAAUCACUCCGUGUACCAUCAGGCUCCUGGUCACGAUGGCAUGCGGGUAGAACAAGCAUGGCGUACGACACUCAGCUCAUCCAAAAUGUUGCGAGCCGUAUUUGCUUCGGUAGACGACGAAGUUUCCCCGUUCGCGCAAUGUGUGUUGGACUCAGAUGCAAGCCGCGCAACCCUUGAAUUCAGACGUUACUCAUGUGUCGAGGACACUGAAAAUGCAUGGAACCUUGCUCUGGAGACGGCAAGAGCUGAGGCCGAGGCUGCAAUGUCUCUCGAUCGUCCUCCGCUCGGUCUCGCUGUUAUCUCAUCCGCUGGCCGUACUGCAUAUCUAUUGUCUCUAUUCCACGGUAUUUUCGAUGGCGGAUCUCUUCAGCUCAUUCUCCGAGACGUGGAAGACGCAUUUUUCUCUCGGCCACCCGCGCCCCGAACAGAGAUUGACGCCGCCGUAUAUGCACACUUUAGUCAGGCCAGCGAGGAGACUGUCGCAUAUUGGCAGGCCCAGUUCAAAGACUAUGAGCUCAAUCCAUUCCCUUGCGUGUCGCCCUUGAAGCCMGAAUCUCAGAGUCCUGCCGCGCAGGUCACAGAAGUUGUUGGGAAUGUCACUUUGGACAAGAUUCGCGAUGCUUCGAGAGCCAUUUCCGUCUCGCCACUGUCUCUCCUCCAGGCGGCCUGGUCUAAUAUGCUCUUUGCAUAUACGGGCUCGACCACCGAGAUUUCCUUUGGAAGUGUGAUAUCUGAUCGAUUGGAGGAGGAGCUAAGCUCAUGCAUGGGACCUACCUUUGUUGUCGUUCCCUUCAAGUUGGGAUUCGCUCAGAUCGAGACAAAGACUAGCCGCGAGGUCCUCUCCGCGUUGACCUCCCGCAACGCCGAAGCCUUACCACAUCACCACAUUCCGCUUAGUUCCCUGGCUACUGCGGAUGGCGGUCUACCAUAUGACACGCUGCUUGCGUUCCAGGCGUUUGAUAAGCCUGCCAGCGAUGCGUUAUGGCAAUCGAUCGAUUAUCCAGCCAUGGAGAAUGACUUUGCUGUCAUGAUCGAGAUAUGGCCAACAGAGACCGGACCGCUUCGACUGCGGGCAACAUACACGCACAAGCAUUUGGAUCAGUCGGCUGCUAAGGUAAUGUUGCACCAAUUCGAUGACUUACUCAGCCAUCUGUGCAGCGACCCCGAUGGAAGCUUCCAGGCUGCUCGCCAUGCAGUUCGAAGUGAGCUGCAAUCACAGACGCCUAUCAUUCGCGACCAGUCGAUGAUAAGCGCCGAUCCUGGAGCCGACUUGUACCUUCACCAACCGUUCGAACGACGUGCCGUCGAGCUCCCGGGCAAGCCUGCUCUCGUCUUCAAGCGAUCCAUGGAUGGUUCCGUACCAGACGUGGAAUGGUCCUAUGGCGAACUCCACUCACUCGCUUCGAGGUUCGCAUCCAGGCUGUUGGAAGCAUUUGGCCCAGUCCAGAACGAGCCAAUCAUGAUUUGCAUGGAGAAGUGUCCGGARCUUUAUGUUGCCAUACUCGGUAUCCUCAUCGCCGGCGCCGCAUGGUGUCCCAUUGAUCCCUAUUCUCCACCUCUUCGCCAGCGUACUAUAAUGGAGAGAACAGGUAGCCGAAUCCUAGUCAGCUCAUCCAAAGCUUCCCAGCUGGAUGAAAGUGCAAUCCCUGAGGGCGUGUCUUGUCUCACAUUGAACAUUGCAGACUUACAAUCCGACGAUUCGAAGUCCACAACGCAGGCUCUUUCAACAACGCGAUAUCCAUCCAGCCUGGCGUAUCUGAUAUUCACCAGCGGGACAACUGGACCUCCCAAGGGAGUCCCAAUCACGCAUCUCUCAGCUGCUACGGCAAUUCAAUCACUCGCCGACACCAUUCCGUCCGAUGUCUCAGGCCAAAACGUCCGUUGCAUGCAGUUCUCCCAAUAUACAUUUGAUGUGUUUGUGCAAGACGUCUUCUACACAUUUGCAGUGGGAGGUACUAUCAUUUCUAGCACCAGGGAGAUCAUGCUGCAAUCUUUCGCCGAUUUGGCGAACGAGACGAAAGCGACGCAUGCUCAUCUCACACCUGCGUUCGCCGCUACCCUUUCUCGGAACAGCAUAGAGACACUCGAGAUUGUGACCAUGCUCGGUGAAAAGCUCCCCGAGACCAUUGCAGAAGAAUGGUCCGCCGACAUGCGAAUAUUCAACACCUACGGGCCUGCAGAAUCUACGGUCAUCUCUACUGUCCGCGAGAUCAACGGAAAGACAGAUGCACACCCUAGCUCAAACAUCGGAAUUCCACUUCCAUCUGUUGGGGCGUAUGUCAUCGACGGAGACAAUGUGGUCAUGCGGGGUGCCAUCGGAGAGCUCGCGCUGGCUGGUCCUCAACUAUCCUCCGGCUACUGGCACCUUCCUGAAGUCACCGCGAAGAAGUUCGUUUGGAACGAACAGCUCCAGCUGUCACUAUAUUUGACGGGUGAUCUUGUACGUCAAGUCGCAGACGGUACGAUCAAUUUUAUUGGCCGGAACGAUGAUCUCGUCAAGCUCGGUGGCCAACGAGUAGAGCUGGGAGAGAUCGCAUUUGCGCUCAAGGGUGCUGAUACUCAAAUUGAUAAAGUCGAGGUGUUGCUCUGCAAGAGAAAGUCGGGCGAUGGGCAGAGCGUCGUAGCCUUCCUAUCUUGCCCGUCUCUUGGCGAUUCUAGUGGGACGGUAUCCGCCAUAGUCGACGAACCCGCGAAAAAGCUGGCAGACAUUACGCAAGAGCAUGCACGCGCUGUGCUCCCGCCAUUCAUGCAGCCCAGCGCAUACAUUAUCUUGAACGGUAUCCCUCGAACAGCAUCUGCCAAGGUCGACCGUGCAGUACUGACUACCAUUUAUCAUUCUGUUGACUUGGAUGAAUGGCAACAGAGUUCUCCUGCUGCCACUUCCUCAGCAAACGACCAGGAAGAUCGUUGGUUCGAGGAAAACAGAGCUGUGCUUUCCAUCAUCGCUGCAACACUUGCCAUUCCGCCCGAGUCACUUCGCCCAACGAUCAAGUUGCCUUCCCUUGGAAUUGACUCCAUAGCAGCGAUUCGACUGGUUCCCAAGAUUAACAAGCUAGGCUUCAAGAUAUCCGUCGUUGAUGUUUUCCAAUGCAAGACAGUCUCCGACUUGUGCAGCCUCACAUCGGUCGACAGAACUGAAAAUCACACUGAUGAGCAUCCUGAGAGCGUUCUCCAAGAUUUUCAUAGCCAGUACUACAGACAAGUUGCCAAACACCUCUCACUGGAUGACAUAUCGGUCCUUCCAACUACGGUCUUGCAAGAGAGUCUAUUGAGCGAGAGUCUGAAAGAUCCUGACGCAUACUGGAGUAGUCACAUGUUCCAACUUCAAGAUGGCGUCAAUCUUGCCAACCUCAAACGAUCGUGGGACAAGGUCACGCGGCGUACGGAGGCACUGCGAGCGGGAUUCCUGGCCAAAGCCGCUCUCCACACUGAUACCGCCAGUGUUUCCAGUGCUGAGCAUGGUUUCCUACAAAUCAUAUAUGAUGAGCCUCUGGUAGACUGGUCCGAACACACAAUCACUGCCAACAUCACAGAGGCAGCCCGGAAAAGAGUAUCAGAGAUCGCUCAAUAUCACCACGAUGCACUGUUCAAGCUUCCACCCUGGGCCGUGGACAUCUUCCAUCAUGACACAUCACCUGUUAUGAUGAUCACUGUACAUCACUCAAUCUACGAUGGUCCUAGCUUGGAACAUCUGCAGGCUGAUCUCAUGGCUUAUUACGACCGUAGCUCUCAGCCAGCUCAGCGCUUUCCUCUAAGUGAAGCUAUUGCUUUGAAGUCUGUUGUCAAUGCAGACAACAAGAUGGCCUUGAAAUUCUGGAAGGAAUCGCUGGAGAAUUUCGCUUCCGUGACUGGAGAACAGGACGACGGCCUUGGGGACCAACACGCCUCGAAACUUCAGCACCGAGUUUUGUACUCGCGCAGCAGUGUCUCGUUCCCCAGACUUCGGGAGGCAAUGGUUGAUCUUGGCUUAUCGUCAAUUGUGACCAUUCUCCGCAUGGCGUGGGGAAUUGCGCUCGCAAAUAUCUUGGAAAGCUCGCAGGUCCUAUUUGCUGAAGUCGUAUCAGAUCGCAUCAUGGAUAGCAGGCUUGAGACUGCCAUCGGCCYGCUCGUUUCGAUAGUACCGUCUUUGUUCACACCAGACUCCACAAUCUCAGGGACACUGAACAAACAGGACAGUUUCGCGAAGCAAGCUUGGAAACAUCGCAAUGUUCGUCCGGGGACGAUCAAGAACUUGCUCAACAGAGGUGCGACAUCUCAAGUCUAUCCCGCCAUGUUCGCUUUCCAUCCGUCUUCUGGGGAUACAGCAUCUAUUUCACACGAGCGAUGGUGUCGUCUCGAAGAUGUAACAGACAUUCAAGUGGAACAUCCUCUGGCAUUCAACGUAUGGCAAGAUUCUGACGACUGCCCGAAAUUUGAGUUGGCGGUUGCCGACUCGAUGAUGAGUGAAGCAGAGCAAUAUCUCCUGCUGGACCAGCUCGACGCAUUGGUUCAAGCAAUCGUCGCGCGACCCAAUGCUCCUCUGACUUCUGUCACUGGGGGGAUGCCCACUGCUCUGAUCUCAAAGACAACACCUCGGCCGGAUACUCGAUGUCCUGCCCGCCACUCGCCAACUUACUGGGUCGAACACUGGGCUAAGACCAAGCCAGACUGGAUAGCCGCAGAAAUCGCAGUCGAUGUUGGCUUAGAUGGAACUCAUACCGUUCACUGGAGUUACUCCAAGCUGCUCGCAGAAUCAAACCGCAUUGCUCGAAUGAUACUCGGAAGAGGUUUCACCGCACGCAGAAUUGGGAUGUGCUUGGGCCGUACGCUCAUGUCUUUUGCAGUAUCUCUUGGGGUGCUCAUCAGCGGAAAUACCUAUCUUCCGAUCGAUGAAGCUUUCCCGGCCGAGCGAAAGGCUUUCCUUCUCAAGGAUAGUGGUGCUGCUAUGGUUUUCACCACAAAGGAGCUCUUUGGAGAGGUUCCGACAGUGUCAGACUGCGAGUUAAUGGACGUCGACACGGACAACUUCAAGGACGAGUUUUCCGCGACUGACAGCUCCAUCAUACCUCGUCAGGGAGUUCCAGCAAGUGACGCAUAUCUGUUGUACACGUCCGGCUCGACUGGGAAACCCAAAGGUGUCCUGGUCAGUCAAGAGAACCUUGCGUCUUUCGUAGAGGCACAGUCAGAGUUCAUCAUCGAAAACGCACCUGCCACAAAUGAACUGGGUGGACGUGGCAAAUAUCUUGGCAUCGCCAGCCGCGCCUUCGACGUUCACAUUGGUGAAAUGUUCCUGGCAUGGCGGCAUGGGCUUGCUAUUGUGACUGGCAAUCGCUCAAUGCUCUUGGACGACUUGGCCCUCGCACUCUCGUCUCUGCAUAUAUCUCAUGCCAGUUUCGUCCCCUCUCUCCUCGAUCAGACUGGUCUCAGCCCAGAGGAUGCGCCGGACCUCGUAUUUCUUGGAGUCGGCGGCGAGAAAAUGUCGGCCAAGACGAAGAAGAAGUGGGGAUCUCACGAUCGGGUCAGCUUGAUCAAUGCUUACGGCCCAACGGAGGCAACUAUAGGUUGUUGCUCAGGACGGGUGUAUCCUGACUCCGAUGUACGAGACAUUGGUAUGCCACUGGGCGACAGUGUAGGGCAUGUACUAGUCCCCGGCACCAGUGACUAUGCUUUGCGCGGCAUGGCCGGGGAGCUCUGUUUCACAGGUAGUCUCAUAGCGAAUGGCUAUCUCAACCGCCCAGACGCCAAAGGUUUUAUCGACGACUUCCAUGGCAACAGGAUGUAUCGCACUGGUGACAUUGUGCGGCUCACGAUCGAUGACCAUAUCCACUUCCUGGGCCGGAAGGACGAUCAAGUCAAAAUUCGAGGCCAGCGAGUGGAGCUCGGCGAGGUUGCUGAAGGAGUUCGCAUGGCCUCCGAGAAUGCAGUAGAUGUGGCCGCUCUCGUGGUCAGGCAUCCGGAGCUUUCCAGAGUACAGCUUGUUGCUUUCAUUGCGCGAACGCAAUCCCUACAACGCAAGACCCGAGAGCUUCCCAAAGUGAUCAAAACGGAUCUCGAAGAAGCCAAUUCAACCCUCCGGAGCAAAUGUCAAAGCACACUACCAGCAUACAUGGUUCCGGAUCUCAUUGUCCCCCUCGAUCACAUUCCUCUUGCAGCAACAUCUGGAAAGUCGGACAGCAAACUCUUGAUUCAGGUCUUUUCUUCAAUUCCUAUCACCGAGCUUAUGCUGCGUGAGCCAGCGAAAGGGUCUACCAAGUCCUCAACUACGAGAGCGAUGAACGAGAUCGAGAAGAAGGUACUAGAUGUCAUCGCUUCCGUGAUGAAAGACAAGCCACAAAGUGUUUCUCCUAGCACAUCCGUGUUUGAGCUCGGCAUUGACAGUUUGGCGGCCAUCAGUGUCUUCUCCAAACUCCGAGGGGCUGGUUUUAACUGCAGUGUUGCAAUGGUGAUGAGAAACCCGACGAUUGAGCAGCUUGCUCAAAGCUCUACCUCGCAGAACAUUGAGUCUUCCGGGAUCGUGGACAUGGAGCCAAUUCGUCGGGGGUUGAAGAGUUUCGAAGACCAAUUUCUUCAAAGCCCGGGAUGUAACAUUGAUCCGGAGCAGAUCGCCACCGUUCUGCCCUGCCUUCCGAUGCAGGAAGUACUCGUUGGAUCAGCAAUGCAUGACGACUCGUAUGGAGCCUACAUCAACCACACCAAGUUCGCUGUCGGAACUGAUGUCGACAUCACACGGCUACGCGAGGCAUGGGAAUCACUCGUGCGCAACAACGAAAUAUUGCGAACUUGUUUCUCUACCUCUGGCGAUGCUUUCGUACAGAUUGUGUUGAAACCAGACGUUGCUAUGCUUGAUUGGACCGAGUUCAGUGUUGAGUCAUCUGCUUCAAUUGCCUCAAUUCAGGAGUUAGCUGGAAGAGACAUUGUCCAGAACUUGCAGACAAAACCACCUAUGCGCUUGAACUAUCUCCCCACUUCCAAUGGCGGCGAGCUUCUGUUCUCCAUAUCGCAUGCUAUCUACGAUGGCAACUCCCUGGAGAUAAWGUUCCGGGACAUCGAAAGCUACUACAAAGGCCAGAAGCCGGAAGUUCGACUCAAUGCACGUCCGUUGGUGGAGUAUAUUUCCAGCCAGCCGACGGACCAAGCACAGCAACAUUGGACGUCCCUGCUCGAUGGCUGGGAAGCUGCGCCUUUAUUGAGUGCUCUGACCCAUAAUAAGGAUGUCUCACUGAGCACCAGCAAGAGACAGUUCCGGGUGAAACUCUCAAAAUUGGAGAACGAUGCCUUGUCGCGCAAUGUGACAUUUGCCACGCUUCUUCAAGCUGCGUUUGCCAUCUCGCUGUCGCAAGUCAUUCGCACCAAUGAUUUCAUCUUCGGCAACGUUCUUUCCGGUCGGACUAUACCUGUUGAUGGCGCCGACAAGAUCUUGGCUCCAUGUGUCACUACCGUUCCGCAGCGUGUCAAACUCGAAGACUUGCAGAUUUCCAUAGCAGAAUUCCUCCUACUGCUACAGGAGUCCAACUCGGCGUCUCUGGAAUUCCAGCACGUUUCCCCGAGAGCAAUUCAGCGAUGGCUCAAGGCAGAUCGACCACUUUACGAUGUCUUGUUCUCCUUUAUCCGGACUUCUGCUCCGGGGUCCCAGGACAAACCACUUCUCCAGCAACAAUCGACCGAUAUCGCUGUGGACUAUCCUCUCGCAGUCGAGUUCGAAGCUAGUGAAGGAACAGACGGACUGGUUGUGAGCGUUGGGUUCACCGAUGCUUUCGGCACUGCCAUGGAUGCACAACUCCUCCUCGAAAGGAUCGAAACGCUUACAGAAACGAUCUUGGAGCGAAGCGAACUGACACUCCAGUCCUUAGGAGUCACCGGUGUUGGUGCACAGCGGAAGUCGGUCAAUCGUGAGCGCUAUGAUGAAAGCAGCUGGUCCCCUCUAGAAUCCCAACUCRGGGCCCUCAUCAGCGAAUUCACCACUAUUCCACUUCACGAGAUACACAAAGAUAUGGCAUUCAUCCACUUGGGCGUUGAUUCGAUAUCCGCGAUCCGACUAGCGAAGCAUCUUCGCAAGGCUGGACUCAAGGUGUCCUCGGCAGAUGUUAUCAGACACAAUCGCCUUGGUGCACUCAGCAAUCAUCUGAAAUCCACCAGUGAGAGAGCUGAGGAAAUUGACAAAAUCGCACCAGGAUUGGAAACGGCUGGAAAACAACAAGACAUGCUACCAGUCCUGGCUGCAGCAGGUGUCAAGGAUCUUCCAGAAGAUGCCAAGUGCUACGAGUGCACACCACUCCAAGCCGGUAUGCUUGCACAAAGUCUUGCAACGGACGGAGCUCUGUACAUGCAUCACCACGCAAUUGAAUGCAAUCCCGAUAUCGAUCUUGAUCGAUUGAAGCAAGCCUGGGAUGCUGUUACCCGAGAUGUGGACGUAAUGAGGACCACCUUUCACUGGCUACCAAAGCAUACCGCUCCGUGGGUUGCAGUCGUUCAUCCCGACAAGAGACCGACAUGGGAGGACAUCACAGUCAGCGAUGCUCGAGAACACUGGUUACAGCUUUCUAAUGACUCGGACUUUACCGCACGUAUCCAGAGCGCGCAGCCUCUAGCUGGGGUUCAGAUUGUCAACUCGAAGGAAAGGUCACCCGUUCUCAUCCUUUCCCUACACCACGCCAUUUACGAUGGAGUAUCCCUCGGCAUGGUCUAUCGGCAGUUGUCGAUGAGAUAUCACAAUGUACCAACACCGCAGCUGAUACCAUUCCACGAGGCUGCGAAAACCAUUGUCCGCUCGGCAGAUACUGCGGCAGACUUCUGGGCAGAGCAUGUCAAAGGAUAUGAAGGUACACCGCCAGCUGAAACCACCGACCAGUUUAAUUUCGCAGAGCGUGUUGUAACGUCUGAUGUGUCUUCUCUGGAACACAAAUGCCGCACGCUCGAUCUAUACAUCAAAGACGUCGUGAUUGUGGCCUUUGGCAAAGCGAUGAUGAAGAGCUUCGCUCGUCGCGAUGUGGUCUUCGGCCAGGUCCUAGCGGCGCGUGCCAGUCAGCUGGGAGAUGGAGAUGUUGUUGGUCCUGUGUUCAACACCGUUCCCUUCCGUGUCGCUCUGAACGAUGUCCUAUCUACGAACAAAAGCCUGGUGGAUACUGCACAUGCAGUCGAUCUCGAUUCAAUCGAGUUGCAACACGCCUCUCUGGCGGAUGUUCAGAAGCGAUGGCGAAAAACCACUACUGAUCCCAGUGCGUCAUUAAUUGACAGUAUCUUUGUCUACAGCAAGCUUGAAAACUCUGGGGAGCAUGGCCUGGAUACUCUGGGGCGACCUCUCGAAAGCGACAAGGUGCCGGUGGCGUCUGAGUACCGUCUCAAUUUUGAGGUUGAGCACACAGCAACUGGACUCACAGCUCGCGCGCUCUCGUCAGCUCCCUCGGGCGAGAUUGAGAACCUGCUCAAGAACUUCGCCGCCUGCGUCCACGACAUUGUUGACCAUCCCGAUCGUUUCGCAGCAGCACAUCCAGAAGGUCUACGCGAUUUGCCACUCGAGCUGAAGAAUUCAAUGGCACUGGAGAACGCAGAGAUGUCCUUCAACCCGGCUGCAGUGGAUCAAUACGCAAAUGUCAUUCGCAAAGCUAUGGCUGACGUCGCCGAAGUUCCUGCCGAUAGCAUCGCAUUGGAUUCUAGCAUCUAUUCAUUUGGAGUGGACUCUAUCGCAGCUAUUCAAAUUGUUUCUCGCUGCCGGAAAGCGGGUGUUCGCAUCAGUGUGGCGCAAAUUUUGAAGGGCGCUGUCUUGGGACGGAUCUGUGAAAUUGUAGCUGCCAGUGCCAAGAAGCCGACCAAAAAAGAGGUUGCGUCGUCCGAGCAGUCCAGUCUGAUCAGUACAGAGCACCAGCAGAUCGCACUCGCCACUCUGAACCUCUUGAAAGAUGCGGUGGAGGAGAUACUACCUUGCUUGCCGGGCCAAGAAUACCAUCUCAUGGGCUGGCUUCAGUCCGGCCGUACUCUCUAUGAGCCAGGGUGGAUCUUCAGGGCAAAUCUUGAUGCUGGCAGACUGAGAUCCGCCUGGAGGAAACUACGAGAGCGUCAUGCCAUUYUCAGAACGACAUUUGCCGCCGUUGCGCCAGAUCAAGCAGUUCAAGUUGUGAUGAAGCACUCCGCUAUUCAGGACGACGCCUUUGAAGUCCACCAAGCAGACGGAAGCUUGGUGGAUGCAGUGAAAGAACGAGCGUAUCUUGAAGCUCGCAGCCCAUCGAACAUGUUCACCCUUCCCAUCAGGCUGCGACUCAUUCAAGCGGAGGAUGGAGAUGCCAUUAUGCUCUACUGUCAUCAUGCAUUGUAUGAUGCUUGGAGUAUGCCUAAGCUUAUCAAGGAGCUUGAAAUGCUCUAUCUGGAUCAGGAAGUGGAAAAUGUGCCCUCUUUCUCACAGCUUGUACGACACAUAAAGGAAUCUAUUGACAAAGAAGAGGAAAAGGCCWUCUGGAAUGAAAGCUCGGCCGGUUGUGAACGCGCAGUGAUUCCGGCCUCGGGUACAGUCACCACCGAUGAGCUGGACCGAAGACAGAUCUUCUCCAUGGCGGAAAGCACCUCUAUCGACGUCACGGACCUUGAGACUCUCUGCAACAAGCACAACCUUUCGCCGCAUCACAUACUCCUCCUUGCGUUCGCUCGCGCUGUUGCAGUCGAGACAGACACCACUAGCCCGCUUUUUGGCUUCUUCCAACUCGGUCGCUCUACAGCUUUUGACAAUAUCGAAACUGUCACUGGCCCUUGCGUGAAUACACUCCCACUGGGACUACCUUUGCCACUCACACGCAACGUCUUGGAAUCUUCACGUAACAUACAGGCAUUACUCGGAGCCCGUGUACCUUAUGAGCAAAGUAGUCUACGCACCGCCGUCGAAGCGAUCGACAGCCAUGCCCAUAAACUUCCUUUCAACGCUUUCAUUAAUGUUUUGUGGAACACGAAAAGCUUGGUCGGCGAUGUGAAUGAGGGAGAUCUUUUCCAGCCAAUGGCGAUUGGGGUCCCGACCGACUAUUCAAGCCCGAGAGCACUAGUGGGAAAGACUGCUGUCGAUGGAUUGGAUGCAAGUUUCCUGCCUGAAGGAUGCUUGUUUGUGGAUGUGGGUAGGAGAGGGAAUCAAGUUGUGUUUGGUGCGAGGGCGGAUGCGAAUUUGAUGAGCGAGGAGAAAUUGGGCAAGUUCAUCCAGAGUGUUGAGAGACAGGUCGUGGAAUGCUUGGAGGGUUUGAGAAGUGUUUGA